GAUAGAGCUGCCUGCGACCGUCCUGCGGGAGCUAAAUUGAGGUUCAUGUGUUUUGGAGACGAGCGUUCAGAAGAGAGAGGACACAGACGAGUGUCAGUGCAGAACAGCGCCGGUUGUUCAUGGAUAGAGGAUGAGAGAUACCAUCAUGUCACAUACAGAAAGCGAAAUCUACACAUACGACUUCUGUGAUGGUGACCAUGCAGCGCAGCUCCUGGAUGCUCUCAGGCACUUCUACAUUAGCGGCCUGUUCACUGACGUUUCUCUUCAAUGUGGCGAGUCCGGACAAGUGUUUCACUGCCACAAGGCGUUGCUGUCAGCCCGCAGCUCCUAUUUUAAAGUCAUGUUUACAGCUGAUAUGAGGGAGAGGUCAAACAGCGUCAUCAAACUGGUCGGCGUUGACUGCACCGUUCUGGGCGCUCUGGUGAACUACGUGUACACAGCACAGGUGUGCAUCACUGAGAGCAACGUGCAGAGCCUGCUGGAGGCUGCAGACCUGCUGCAGUUCACCUCUGUCAAACAGGCAUGUGAGGAGUUUCUCAUUCGCCUCCUGGAUGUGGACAACUGCCUGGGGAUGCACGCUUUCGCUCAGCUGCACCUCUGUCCCCUAUUGGAGAGAGAGGCCCAGAGAAUGAUGCUGAGCAGGUUCUCAGAGCUCAUGCAGCAGGAGGAGUUCCUAGAGCUGAACCAUGAGAAGAUGAGAUCCGUUUUGGUCGCUCAGAACCUCACUUUGCAGAGGGAUGAUGUGCUGAUAGAUGCUGUGGCCAAGUGGGUGACCCAUGACGUGGAUAAUCGGGUUCAUCAUGCUGCAGACUUGCUGCAUUCCAUCCAUCUGGACCUGGAUGAGAGUUACUUCAAGGCUACUUUAGACGUGCACAGGCAAAGCUUGCUGAGACGUGAGGGGAAAUUUAAAUCUGUGAUAAUUCAGGCUUUAAGGUCCAAUGACAAGGCGAUGUCUGCAAGUACAAAAUUGUCCUCCAGCAUGUAUAUUAUCGGUGGAUACUACUGGCACCCUCUUUGUGAAGUUCACAUCUGGGAUCCUAUCAGUGACACAUGGGUGCAAGGAAAAGACAUGCCUGAUCAUGCAAGAGAGAGUUACAGCGUCAGUUUACUUGGAGCAAAUAUCUAUGUGACUGGAGGUUACAGGACAAACACGGUCGAGGCCCUGGACACUGUUUCGAUUUAUAACUGCGACUAUGACGACUGGACUGAGGGUUGCUCCAUGAUUACAGCGAGGUACUACCAUUGUUCUGUGGCUUUGCAUGGCUGUAUUUACGCCAUUGGAGGCUACAGAGGAGGAGCUCCGGAGCGAGAGACUGAAUUUUAUGAUCCUUUGAAAAAGAAAUGGUUUUCUGUUGCCAAAAUGAUCCAAGGUGUAGGAAAUGCCACUGCCUCUGUAAUGGGAGAUAAAAUCUAUGUGACUGGAGGCCACUAUGGGUACAGAGGAAGCUGCACCUAUGAAAAAAUCCAGGUCUACAGGCCAGAUGUCAACGAGUGGAGUAUCAUUACAAUAAGUCCCCAUCCAGAGUACGGGCUGUGCUCUGUGUCUCUCAACAACAAGCUAUAUUUGGUGGGUGGACAGACGACUAUCGCAGACUGCUACGACACAGAGAGAGACGAGUGGAGACCAAUAUCAGUGAUGAAGGAGAGGAGGAUGGAGUGUGGGGCUGUGAUAAUAAAUGGAUGUAUUUAUGUAACCGGGGGAUACUCCUACUCAAAAGGGACUUAUUUGCAGAGCAUUGAGAAGUACGACCCUGAGCUGGACUCAUGGGAGAUAGUGGGGACUCUUCCCAGCCCAGCCAGAUCACAUGGAUGCGUUUGUGUUCACAGUGUUUAAAGUCAAACUCUCAUCACAUCUUGUCUAUCUUUAUCUUGUCAUUUUGUGCCAAACGGAUCAAAUGGGCAAAUCCAUUCUGUCACAGUGUCAGGUGUCAAACACACAAGAUGCCAAGUUAGCCAAUUUUUUUGCACUGGAUGACUGCCUUUAGAGAACUACACAUUUGUCACAACUGUGUAUAUACUGAAAAACAAAUAUGUAGUGUAUACUGCACAUACCUCAGGGGCUUCACUAUUAGCUUUUUAGUUUAAUUUCUUAGGGGCUAUUGUUUUAAUAAAUUGAAACCAAAGACUGAAAAGAGAAAGAAUCCAGCUCAGACCAGUGAUGAACUGGGACACUCCAAAGCAUCUUUUUUUUUUUUUUUUUUUUUUUAAAUAAAGCUGCACCUCAAGGCUGCUGAUGCUUCAAAAAAAUCACUACAACUGUGAUGUGAUUUCUGCUUAAAUAUAUUAAUUACAGUCAUAAAAGAGAGACUCCAUUUAAGAUAAAUCACUUAUUUCCACAGUGACUUAAAGUUGCCAAUUCAUUUGCUACACCUAGCUAAAACUAACGCAGUCUAACACAACAGUGUCGCAAUAAAUCCUACCGUCAUGAAGGUUAUAAUGUUCAGUGUUUGAUUCAGCUGUAUGAUCAGUUUUGAGAAUGUACUUUGUGGUGCAGAACUGUUGUUUUAGACUACAUUAGUUUGGGCUAGUUGUUCCUAAUAAACUGCUAACUGAGUGAUUA